UGUUGUCUGACCUAAAUAAAAUCCGCUCGUUCUGUGUACUGUAGCUAUUCCAAAAGACUUUGUCAUAGCCGGCUCCGCCCGUGUUACACAGCUGAGCGGAGCGUUGGGAGGAGCUAUAAGAUAAUGGUUAUUCAUGUUGCUAAGAAAGGGAAGAACUCCAGUAGCACGAACCUCUCGGCGAUUCGAAGUUACCCACUAACUUCAGUGAUAAUGCGGCGCGCAACAUGAGUCGGCAGCAGGACGCGAAGGGAGUUGUCCUAACCGGGUACAUCAGCAACAGCGAAGCUUUGCUAGCGCCGAGUAUAAAUUGCGAUGACGAUGUUGAAUCUUCAUCUACGAGCCGCAGGAUGGGACACUACAGCGUCCAGAGCCGCUCCAGAAAUGCGCCAGCGAAGCCGCCGUACAACCGCUGCAACUCGCAGGACUCCCUGGACGAGCUGUCCAUGGACGACUACUGGACAGAGGUGGAGAACAUCCACCAGAGCGGCGACACUGAGCCACAGGAGGAGGUGCAGCUGAAGGUGCCAGACGAAGGGGAGCAGGAGGAGGCGUGGCUGACGGAGGCCGGGCUGGCGACCCUGUUCGACGUGUCGGCGUCGGACCCGGACGACAGCAUGGCGCUGCUGUCCACGCUGACACGCACGCAGGCGGCUGCUGUGGAGAGGCGGGUGGAGACCCUGUGUCAGACUCUGCGCAAGAAGAACAGGCAGCACCACGUGCCGGACGUGCGCGACAUCUUCAAGCUGCCGGGCCCGCAGGGGGCAAAGCGUGAUCCUGACACACUGCCUGCACAGAGAAGUGAGAAUGGAAAAGGGGAUGUUGCGUCAGCUGAUCACGCAGGCAGCGCCAGUGGGAAUAGGGCGAGCCCCGGGGACCAGGGGGGGCCAGAGUCGGAGACAGACAUCAACCUGGAGGUGUCCUUCUCAGAACAGGCCCUCAGUUACAGGGAGGGGUCAAAGGGCAGCGAGGCCCAGACUGACACAGAUGACAAGCUGCCUAAUUUCAAACUGUGCAGGGACAAAACUGGUAUGACAAAGGUGGGAGAUCUCUCCCCCCAGGACAUGAAGAAGGUCCGUCGCCUGGUACUGAUUGAAAUGACUGCUCUAUUUGACACUGCAGGGAUCGAUCUCAAGACCCACAAGGCAGUCAAACUCAAAGUGAGAGAAUCGGGUCUGUUUGGGGUUCCUCUGGCUACCCUCUUGGAGCAGGAUCAGAGGAGAAUGCCAGGGGCCAAGGUGCCUCUAAUAUUACAAAGGCUAAUAAAUCACAUAGAGGAAGAAGGCCUGAACACAGAGGGCCUCCUACGGAUACCUGGAGCGGCCACAAGAGUCAAGGCGGUAUGCCAGGAGCUGGAGGCUAAGUUCUAUGAGGGCCUGUUCCCCUGGGAGAGCCUGAAACAGCACGACGCUGCCAGUGUGCUCAAACUGUUCAUCAGAGAGCUGCCACACCCACUUCUGACUGUGGAGUACUUGAGCGCCUUCAUCUCUGUCCUAAAACUGCCCACUAAAAAGCAGCAGCUCCAGGCCCUGAACCUGCUGGUCUUGCUGCUACCAGAGUCGAGCCGUGAUACACUCAAGGCUUUGAUGGAGUUCUUCCAAAGGGUGAUUGACCACAAGGAACAGAACAAGAUGACACUGAACAAUGUCGCCGUGGUGAUGGCUCCCAACAUCUUCAUGUUCAAGGGCUUCCGUAGCAAGAUUAGCGAGCAGCAGGAGUUCACCAUGGCGACGGGGACUGCCAACAUCGUUCGCCUGCUCAUCCGAUACCAGAACCUGCUCUGGACGAUCCCAAAAUUCAUCAUGAACCAAGUGAGGAAACAAAACAUGGAAAACCAGAAGAAGAUGAGCCGAGAGCGAGCGAUGAAAAAGCUGCUGAAGAAGAUGGCGUACGACCGCGAGAAGUCUGAGAAACAGGAGAAGAACACAGCAGAGACGGACAGUCUGCAGGGCUUCAUCAGAGUCCAGGCCCCGCAGUUCUCCAAGGUCUCCAUGGCAGUCCAGGUGACUGAGGAGCUGCAGGCAGCCGAUAUCCUUGCCCGCUUCCUGAGUCAGGAGAGUGCUGUGUCGGCGAAGAGGGAGGACUUGUGCCUUUAUGAAAUAGGAGGGAACAUCAAGGAGCGCUGCCUAGACGAGGAGACCUACAUGAAAGAUCUGCUGGAGCUGAACCCCAGCGCCGAGUGGGUAAUAAAGUCUGCACAGCGCUAGGCCACGUGCUGCUCCCAGCACAGCCACCCCCCCUCUGUGCUUGGAGAGGGAAAAAAAAGGGAACUCAUUUUUUAAUAUUGUCCCGUGUCCCAUUUCAAACAUUUCAUGGAGAAGUACAGCUGGUCUGGGAGGAAAAGGUAAGCGGUGCUUACUGCAGGCCCUCAGCAGUUUGAUUAAAAACAGGCUGAGUCAUGGACACACGAUAGCCCAUUUAUAUUUACAUUUAAAAUCAGAACUAAUACUUCUCACUAGCGCCCUUGAUAUGAAGCCAGCCGAAGGGAAGAUCCACUUCUCAUAUCCUCUAGUCCUUUCUGUUAAUGCUCCAGAACAGCUCCAUUCGACAGAACACAGAAAAUCCUGUAGUUGUGGGAAUUCAUUUCCAACUGUAGACAUGGACGCUCACUAUGUAACUCACUAAAUAUGAAAGAACUAUAGAAUUUGUGGAUAAGAUUCCAGUUUAAUGUAGUAGGGCUAUUUGGCAAAUAAGCUGUAGUUUACCUAACAGUUUGAUUUAACCGUUAUAUGUAAUGGGAACUAAAUCUUUAAAAACUCAGGAAGUUCUUGUAAAUUACCCUAGGUAAGGUGUUACGACAUAUCAAGCACACACCAGGGCUGUGUUCCAAAUUGACU